AUGUCUCACCGCAAGUUCGAACGACCCCGACAUGGCUCCCUGGGCUUCUUGCCCCGCAAGCGAACGAGGCACCACCAGGGCAAGAUCAAGAGCUUCCCCAAGGAUGACCCUGCAAAGAAGCCCCACCUCACUGCCUUCAUGAGCUACAAGGCAGGCAUGACGCACAUCGUCCGAGAGGUGGACCGACCUGGCUCCAAGCUGCAUAAGAAGGAGAUCGUCGAGCCCGUGACGGUGCUGGAGAGCCCGCCCAUGAUCGUCGUCGGCUUUGUCGGCUAUGUGGAGACCCCUCGGGGCCUCCGGGCACUGAACUCCGUGUGGGCCGGACACCUGUCUGAGGAGUGCAAGAGGCGCUUCUACAAGACCUGGCACACGUCGAAGCAGAAGGCCUUCACCAAGUAUCAGAAGCGCUGGGAAGAGGCAUCCAAGGACGGCAAUGAGGCAAUGAGCGCUGAGGUGGAGCGCGCCAAGAAGUACUGCCAGGUGAUCCGCGCCAUCUGCCACACGCAGGUGGGCAAAGUGAGGAUCGGUCAGAAGAAGGCCCACAUCAAGGAGGUUCAGGUGAACGGAGGAAGCACUGCCGACAAGGUGGACUUUUGCAUGGGCCUAUUCGAGAAGGAGGUCAAGGUUGAGGACGUCUUCAGCCAGGACGAGAUGAUCGACGUGAUCGGUGCCACCAAGGGUAAAGGCUUCAACGGCGUGGUGACACGCUGGGGCGUUACCCGGUUGGUGCGUAAGUCGCACCGGGGCUUGCGAAAGGUGGCAUGCAUUGGCUCCUGGCACCCGGCCCGCGUUUCUUUCCAGGUGCCCCGAUCCGGUCAGCGCGGCUACCACCACCGAACGGAAAUCAACAAGAAGAUCUACCGCGUCGGCAAGUCCUUGAAGGAUGACGCCACCAACGCGACCACGGAGAACGACCUGACCGAGAAGGCCAUCACGCCCAUGGGCGGCUUCAGCCACUACGGUGAGGUGCGUGAGGACUGGAUCAUGCUGAAGGGCACCGUCAUGGGACCCCGCAAGCGCUUGAUCACCAUGCGCAAGUCGCUGCUGCCGCAGGUCACGCGCAAGGCGUUGGAGAAGGUGACUUUGAAGUUCAUCGACACAUCCUCGAAGAUGGGCCACGGCCGCUUCCAGACCAGCGACGAGAAGGCCAAGUUCUACGGCGCGCAGGCCAAGAAGGCGAAGACCGAAGCGAAGGAGGAGGCAUGA